AUAAAGGCGGUAUUGUGAAUAUCUCUAUAUGUAGCCCUUUUAGCUCUUCUAUUUAAAGAGAGAUCUCUUAACAAUGACUGAACAUACUUAGCAAGUUCCAUUCAUCUAUGGCUCAACUCGGAUCAAUCUCCUCACAGACAGAGGUAAUAAGCCAUGUCUUCAGUCUGGUGGAGGCAUUUAGAGCUUUCGAUUCCGAUAACGAUGGUUUCAUCACUUCUGCAGAGCUUGGUGGACUAUUGAAUUCACUUGGGUAUGGUGCAAGUGAGCAAGAUGUGAAGGCUAUGAUGGAGCUAGGUGACAUUAACAAGGAUGGGUUAUUGAGCAUUGAAGAGUUCUUGGAGAUGAACACAAAAAACAUGGAGCUCGGGGACUUGGGCGCGUUCCUUCGAACCGCUUUUGAAUCGUUGGAUCUUAAUGGUGAUGAGCUCUUGACAGGGGAGGAGUUUCAUGAACUUGUAGGGAAUAUGGGAGUUGGGUUAUCUUUGGAGGAUUGCAAGAAUAUAAUAGCCUCCAUGGAUGUGAAUGGAGAUGGGGCUAUCUGUUUCGAGGACUUCAGACUCAUUGUCAACUCUCUCGUUUAGCGCUUUUUCUGUCUAUUUUAUCCAUAUAUAUAUGCUAAAAGUGCAAUAAUAACAUGUAAUAAGAGCCAAUGGUUUUGGGCUUCUCCUUUCAUCAAAAUACAAUGAAGCAUU